UGCGCGUCGUCCCUCCUCCCGCUCUACAUGGCGCGUGACUUGUACUCCGUACCACUGUCAACUGCCAGAGCUCGAGCUUUUCUCUGCCAAUCGACUUCUUUCUCCCAUCCGUCAGGCUGGGCGCGCGUGGUUCAUGCUCCAGCUAAGCGGAGUUUGGAUUCCAGGGCGAAGGUCGUGGCUGGCUCCAGGCAGCCUGGCCGCGUCUGUCUCUCCCUCCCUCCGCUCCUACUCUGCUUCAAAGGGGUGUAUGUAAAGGCAGCGACAGUCAGCCCCCACUGUAGCCCCAAAGGGACGUCCUUGAUCUCCCCUCCAUUCUCUGAACAGCUCUCAUUUCUCCCCCUGCCCCGGCUCCGUGACAGGGUCUCAGAUCAUCCGCUGAACGGUGCGCUGAUAACCCAAGAGUCGCAGCUCCUAACAGCAUGCAGGGCUCAAAGAAGUUAGUGAACACAGUUCUGGGUUGCGCAGAUGAUGCACUGGCUGGAAUAGUGGCCUGUAAUCCUCAUCUCCAGCUCCUGCGUGGACACAGAGUGGCAUUACGUGCUGACUUGGAGAAUGUGCAGGGCAAAGUGGCACUUAUUUCUGGAGGUGGCUCAGGACAUGAGCCUGCACAUGCAGGGUACGUUGGGAAAGGAAUGCUCACUGGAGUGGUGGCUGGUCCAGUAUUCACUUCACCUGCAGUAGGUAGCAUUUUAGCAGCAAUUCGAGCUGUGAAACAAGCUGGCGCAGUUGGGACACUGCUAAUAGUGAAGAACUAUACUGGGGACCGACUGAACUUUGGGCUGGCACUGGAGCAAGCACGAAUAGAAGGGGCUCCAGUGCAGAUGGUAGUAGUUGGUGAUGACUGUGCCUUUACCAUGCAGAAGAAGGCUGGCAGAAGAGGGCUGUGUGGUACAGUGCUCAUACACAAGGUAGCUGGGGCUCUGUCUGAGGCAGGUGUUGGUCUGGAUGCAAUUGUUCGCAGAGUUACUGCUGUUGCAGAAGCAAUGGGCACCCUUGGAGUGAGUCUGUCCCCCUGCAGUGUCCCUGGAUCUAGACCCACCUUCCAGCUUGCUGCUGAUGAGCUUGAGCUAGGCUUAGGAAUCCAUGGAGAAGCUGGUGUGCACAGGAUGAAGAUGACUUCAGCAGAACAGAUAGUCAAAAUAAUGCUGGAUCACAUGACUGAUCCCUCCAGUGCCUCACGUGUGCAGCUUAGACCUGGUGCUUCUGUCGUCUUGGUGGUGAACAAUCUGGGUGGGUUAUCCUACCUUGAAUUAAGUGUAGUGGCUGGGUCUGCUGUGCAUUGUCUUGAGAGCCGAGGUGUUCAUAUCGCUCGGGUUUUUGUUGGCUCCUUUAUGACUGCUCUGGAGAUGGCAGGUGUCUCUCUUACUCUUCUGCUUGUGGACGAUGAGCUCUUGGCUCUCCUUGAUUCGGACACUACAGCUGUUUCCUGGUCACAACCUGCCAAAGUGUCUGUAUCAGACAAUAAAAGAGAGAGGGAGAGGAUAGCACCCAAGGAGUCUCCUGAGGAAGAGGCAUCUUUUCCAGCAGGAGUGCCGGCCUCCCCCCACAUGAGAGUGGUUCUAGACAAGGUGUGCAGUACGCUGCUGAGCCUACAGGAGAAGCUCAAUGAUCUAGAUCGUGCCUCAGGUGAUGGGGACUGUGGCAGCACACAUGCACGGGCUGCCAGAGCAAUCCAGGAAUGGCUGAAUGCAAAGCCUAUUCCGGUGCAUCCCUCUAAGCUGCUCUCUGCCCUAGCAAAGCUGCUCCUGGAUAAGAUGGGGGGUUCCUCAGGGGCGCUUUAUGGACUGUUUCUGACAGCAGCUGCUCAGCACCUGCAGAUUAAUGAUGACAUUGCAGCAUGGUCAAUUGCCAUGGAUGCUGGUAUUGAUGCCAUGAUGCGGUAUGGAGGAGCUGCACCUGGAGACAGAACCAUGCUGGAUUCACUCUGUGCUGCUGCUCAAGUGCUCAGAGCUCUGAAGAAUCCUAAAUCUAAUCCACUGCAGGUUCUGACCAAAGCUGUACAGGAGGCAGAGGCUGCUGCUGAAUCUACAAGGAAUAUGGAAGCUGCUGCAGGCAGAGCCAGUUACAUCGGCUCAGCCCGUCUAGAGCUGCCAGACCCUGGUGCUGUAGCAGCUGCAGCUAUUCUUCGUGCAGUGAUGGAAGGAUUACAGGGCUCUCUUGGGACUCCAAGUACCUUCCAGAUGGCAAGUUGAUGUUCCUAUCAUACCUUGCUUCUAACACUUCCUGCCUGAUAGCAUCCUUACAGUGAAUGGCAUCAGGUGUUUACAUCACCUUGUGCAUAAGUACAGGUCUGUGCUUUGUCUUUGUUUUGGGAUCAGUACUUCAUGUUUUAUGAAUUUUGGCUGUAAUAAAAGAGUCCUAUCUCUGG